AUGGUCAGGAAAAGGUGGAAAUGUACUAUUUAUAAAGGAAUAGCAGAUGGAAAGAUUGUCGCAGUGAAGUAAGACCAUUCUAUAAUAGCUAUUGGAGGUGAAGUAAGACCAUUCAUAAAUGAUAACAUUGUUGUUCUUUCAUAAAUUAUUAAUAGAAAUGUGGUUAAAUUAUUGGGUUGCUGUUUAGAAACUGUAAUUCCACUUUUGGCUUAUGAAUUCAUACCCAAUGGAACCCUUUAUCAUUAUAUUCAACAUCAAAAUAAAAUGCGCUUACGUGUUGCCACUGAAGAUGCGGGAGUUCUUUCGUAUAUGUACUCUGUAACUUCUACUCCGAUUUAUCACCGAAUAUCAAAUCUUCUAACAUUUUCUUAUGUUAAAUAUAAGGUCAAAGUAGCAGACUUUGGGACAUCAAGAUAUGUUUUAGUUAAGAAAAGUCAUCUUACCAUGUCACAAGUUCAAGGAACAUUUGGUUAUUUGGACCCCGAGUACUUUCAAACCAACCAAUUUACAGACAAUAGUGACAUUUAUAACUUUGGUGUUGUCCUUGCUGAACUCUUGACUAGAAAAAAAACCAAUCAUUAA